CCUUCUCUCCGACACACGCCCCCCCUCCCUGUCUGUCCCCCACUCCGGCCUCCACCACCUUUUCUACCCUCAAGCUCAGCUCACUCCACUCCCCACAACACAACGCAACGCAACGCAACGCGCUCCGAGAACUCACUCCAGACCCAAGUCCAAGGGCGGCAAUGGCGGCGGCGGAGGGGGCGGGGGAGCCGGAGCUGGUGUCGAUCCCGGCGACGCCGCGGGGGCUGUCGACGCCGGAGGGGCAGAGCACGCCGCCGGUCCGGAGGGGGGCGGCGGCGGCUCUGGCGAGCGGGGCCGGGACGCCGGUGCGGAGGGUGGUGGAAGGGCUGCGCGGGUACCUGGAGGAGGUGGGGCACCUGACGCGGCUGAACCCGCAGGACGCCUGGCUGCCCAUCACCGAGAGCCGCAGCGGCAACGCCCGCUACGCCGCCUUCCACUCCCUCAACGCCGGGCUCGGCUUCCAGGCGCUCCUCCUCCCGCUCGCUUUCCCCUGCCUCGGAUGGAGCUGGGGAAUAAUAUCAUUGACUGUUGCUUAUUUCUGGCAACUAUACACACUCUGGAUUCUAGUCAAGCUUCAUGAAGCUGUUCCAGGCAGGAGGUACAACAGAUAUGUGGAGCUUGCACAGGCUGCAUUUGGAGAAAAACUGGGAGUGUGGCUAGCUCUUUUCCCAACUAUUUAUCUUUCGGCAGGCACUGCAACUGCAUUGAUCCUUGUUGGAGGAGAGACUAUGAAGCUCUUUUACCAAAUAGUGUGUGGCCCCCUCUGUUCACCGAGUCCUAUUUCGACGGUCGAGUGGUACUUGGUGUUCACAUCCUUAUCAAUCAUUCUUUCCCAGCUACCAAAUCUCAACUCGAUCGCUGGGAUUUCACUUAUUGGUGGUGCCACCGCGAUAAUGUACUGUACCAUGUCCUGGGUUCUCUCUGUCAGCCAACAACGUCCACCAGCAAUCUCUUACGAGCCAGUGAAAUACACUUCAUUUGGUUCAUCCUUAUUCGCCACCUUGAAUGCUCUUGGGAUAAUAGCCUUUGCAUUCAGGGGGCACAAUCUUGCAUUAGAAAUUCAGGCGACAAUGCCGUCGACUUUCAAACAUCCUGCACAUGUGUCUAUGUGGCGUGGGGCCAAAGUCGCAUAUCUUCUGAUUGCAAUGUGCAUCUUCCCUGUCGCCAUUGGAGGCUACUGGGCCUACGGAAACAUGGUGCCACCAGGAGGGAUGCUGACGGCCAUCUACGUCUUCCACAGCCAUGACAUCCCGCGUGCCCUCCUCGCGGCGACGUUCCUCCUCGUCGUGUUCAACUGUCUGAGUAGCUUCCAGAUAUACUCCAUGCCUGUGUUCGACAGCUUCGAGGCCUUCUACACAGGUCGCACCAACCGGCCAUGCUCAGUCUGGGUCCGGUCAGGGUUCAGGGUCUUCUACGGGUUCAUCUCGCUGUUCAUCGGUGUCGCGCUGCCGUUCCUCUCCAGCCUCGCUGGCCUGCUGGGCGGCCUGACGCUGCCAGUGACCUUUGCCUACCCGUGCUUCAUGUGGAUCUGCAUCAAGAAGCCUGAGAGGUUCAGCUUCAGCUGGUACCUGAACUGGGGCCUUGCGCUGCUCGGCACCGCCUUCAGCGUGGCCUCCUCUGUGGGUGGUGUCUGGAGCAUCAUUAACACUGGGAUGAAGCUCAAGUUCUUCAAGCCCAACUAGACGAGCUACUACUUUCCAAUUGCUAAUUAAUCCUAUUCGGGUGUGUUUAUGGACUUCAUGAUACAUAGAUGUGCUUCUCAAUUAUGUUGCAUGCCUUGGCAACAAAAAUGGCAUUAAGGGGUGUUGAUCUUAUGUCAGUAAAGUGUGUCCUUGUAAAAUGUAAGUAUCCACUGUUGGAUAAGAAAAAGAUUAGCCGAGAAAAGUUCAAUGUAAUGGGAACAAUGUAUGUCAUUACUGUGUUUAUGUCUACCCAAUGCCUAUGGUAA